AUGGCUUUCCGACCACUGAUUGCAGUUUUUGGCACAACUGGCGUUGGAAAAUCCAACCUUGCAAUCGAACUUGCCCUUCACUUGGCGCGUUCUCCCCAUAGGAAGGGAGCGCGGAUUAUCAAUGCCGACGCGAUGCAAGUUUAUGCCGGUCUUGAUGUCCUAACAAACAAAGUCUCCGAAACAGAACAGCAGGGCAUCCCUCAUCUUCUGAUGGGAUUCAAGCAACCAGGAGAGCAGUAUGUUGUAGGGCAAUGGGUCAAAGACGCGAUUGACGCGAUCGACGAAGCCCACCGAAAUCAAGAAAUACCUAUUGUCGUUGGUGGAACUUCAUACUGGAUGCAACAUCUCAUGUUCCCUGAUCGACUUUCUGGCAUGCAACGCGGCGAGACCCCACCCAUGUCGGAAAGCAUCAUCGCCUCCCUUGCGACUCUUCCCCCUGAACUUUUGAACUUGUUCAACUCUCUACCCCCGCAACCGCCAGAUGCUGCUUUGGAUCCUGACGGGGCCUCUGCCCUACAUGCUCUACUAAAGCAUCUAGAUCCACAAAUUGCAGCUCGUUGGCACUGGAAGGAUACUCGCAAAGUCUUUCGGAGUUUAUCUAUCCUCAAGGAAACGGGUCGUCGACCCAGUGAAAUAGUCAAUGAGCAAUCAGAAAACGUAUUGAAAUCGAGAUAUAACACUCUUUGCUUUUGGUUAUACGCUGAGCCGUCAGCCCUCCAUCCACGAUUGGACGAACGGGUUGAUCAGAUGUUGGGCAAAGGGCUUUUGGAUGAGGUUCGCAGUCUCCAAAGCCUUUCAGAGGCAGACUAUACUCUAGGCAUCUACCAGUCCAUCGGUUAUAGAGAAUUUCACCAGUACCUCUCCACGGAAACCCCGACCGACAAAUUAUUCAAAGAAGCAGUGGAAAACAUGAAAGUCUCAACGUGGCAAUACGCUAAACGGCAAAUAUCUUGGAUUAAGAACAAACUUCUUCCGGCCGUCCGCGCUGCUGACGUUCCCACUUAUCUUCUCGAUGCAACUGACCUGGACGAGAAUUGGACAGUUAACGUUCGAGAGCUCGCUGUGUCGAUCACUGACAAAUUCCUCCGCCACAUCGAGCUUCCAAACCCAUCAAUAUUGUCCCAGCUUGCGGCAACGAUGCUAUUUGGUAGUGACAAGCCUGUAGCACCUACGGCUGUGUUGAACGCGCAGCGCAAGAUCAUCUGUGAAACAUGCACAACUGAUUCGACGAGGCCAAUAAUGAUUGACGAAGAUCGUAUGACUGCUCACCAACAAGCUCGAACUCAUAGGCGCCUAGCUCGCAGAAUGACGCCUGAGCAACAUCGCGCGGCUCAAUAUAGUAAACGAGCAGCAAGACACCCUCCAGCUGAGUCAGCGGUCAAGGGAGAAUCGGAAGAAAGCCCGAUGUCGUUAUUUGCGUAG